AUGCGUCCUCUGCAUUACGCAGCCUGGCAGGGUAAAGCAGACUCGGUGCUGCUGCUGCUUCGCUCCGGAGCGUCGGUGAACGGCGUGUCGCUGGACGGACACAUCCCGCUGCACCUCGCCGCUCAGUACGGACACUACCCAGUGUCUGAGAUGCUGCUGCAGCAUCAGUCGAACCCUUGUCUGGUCAACAAAGCGAAGAAGACGCCUCUCGAUCUCGCCUGCGAGUUCGGACGAGUCAAAGUGGCCCAGCUGCUGCUCAGCAGUAACAUGGUGGUGGCGUUGUUGGAGGGAGAGAGGAAGGAGCCGACGGACUCCGCCUUCACCACGCCGCUGCACCUCGCCGCCCGCAACGGACACAAAGACAUCAUACGGCUGCUGCUGACGGCCGGCAUCGACAUCAACACCACCACCAAGUCUGGGACGGCGCUGCACGAAGCGUCGCUGUACGGGAAGACGGAGGUGGUGAGGCUGCUGCUGGACGCCGGCGUCGACGUGAACAUCCGUAACACCUACAACCAGACGGCGCUGGACAUCGUCAACCAGUUCACCACAUCGCAUGCCAGCAAGGACAUCAAGCAGCUGCUGCGAGAUGCGACGGGCGUUCUGCAGGUCAGAGCUCUGAAAGACUACUGGAACCUCCACGACCCCACGGCUCUGAAUAUCAGAGCAGGAGACGUCAUCAUGGUGUUGGAGCAGCACAUGGACGGACGCUGGAAGGGACACAUCCACGACAGCCAGAGAGGGACGGACAGAGUCGGCUUCUUCCCUCCGUCCAUUGUGGAAGUCAUCAGCAGGCGGAACGGGGGCACCCUAUCCCGGCACGCCUCUCUGCCCACCCAGCGCCAGCAGCUGCUGUCCAGAGCCCCCCUCUCCUCCAGCCUCAGCUCCGCCCCUCAGACCGACGACUCCUACACUCUGUACACCCCCCCCACCCACGUGGUGCUGCCGCUAGCCAACGGCCUCGCUGCCAACACAGGUAUGUCUCCGAGCCGUCUGUCUCAGUCCGGGUGUCCCUUCGAGGACAUCUGGGUGCUCAGGGACUCGUGUCAUGCAUCUGCCGGAGACAGAAACAGUGUUGGGAGCACCGGCAGCGUUGGCAGCACCCGCAGCGCCGGGAGUGGUCAGAGCACUGAGAGCAACAGCGCACCCAAUGGACUCCAACACAACACUGGUCACCAUGACAACGCCAACAAGCCGGCGCCCCCUGCUGUUGAUGCUGCACACUCAGACCUCAGCAAGCAGCCGGACUAUCCUGCAGCAGGUGGGACUCCGCGGAGGCAGACGGUGACGGUGCAGAGACCUGCAGAGCAGAGCUUCUCCCAGCAGUUUGUCCGUCCUCAGCAGCUGCUGGAGGGGAAGGAUGCAGAGGCCAUCUAUCAGUGGCUGAGUGACUUCCAGCUGGAGCAGUACACUGGAAACUUCAUCAGUGCUGGAUAUGAUGUGCCGACCAUCAGCAGAAUGACGCCUGAGGAUCUGACAGCCAUCGGAGUGACCAAACCGGGCCACCGCAAGAAAAUCGCCAUUGAGAUCAACAACCUGAACAUUCCUGAAUGGCUGCCGGAGUAUAUCCCAUCUGAUCUGGGCGAGUGGCUCAGUGCCAUCGGCCUCCCACAGUACCACAAAAAACUCUCUGAGAACGGCUACGACUCCAUCAGCAUCGUCAGAGACCUCACGUGGGAGGAUCUGCAGGAGAUCGGCAUCACCAAGCUGGGCCACCAGAAGAAGCUGAUGCUGGCAGUGAAGAAGCUGUGUGACAUCCAGAGGGCGAUCCUUCAGGCUGAAUCAGGUCAAGGCACGCUGCGACGCAAAGGCCCCGGAGCCCUCCAUCUGGUCACCAUCGAGCCGCCCGAUGCUGGAGGUGAAUGCUCUUCGCCUCACACCCCAAAGAUGCUGAGCUUCCAGGACAGCGAGCUGAGUGCAGAGCUGCAGACGGCCAUGUCGAGCCACUACGGAGGCUGUGAGGAAGGUUUGGCCAUCAAGAACGCCGUGGGGAUGUCGCAGAGCCAGGAGAGCAUCGACAACAGGUCCAGAGGCUCCGGUCGCUCUCAGGAGCCUCCCACAGCUCCCAUCAACCACCACAGCUGGUCCCAGGAGAGCCUGGACGGCAGCCCUGCCAAGGAAAGAAACCUCCCAGAGGGCUGGGACCAGAGGCCCCUGCAGCAGCAGCUGCUGCCCAAGCAGGUGCCUCUGGGUACAGCCACCGUGUUCAAGUACCCGGCCAUACCAGCUAAGCCCAAACUGCCGGGCUCACGCGGUUCCUCUCCCCACGGCUCCCCGGCACUGAAGGGUUUCAGCUACCUGCAUUCUCACUGCGGCUCUACAGACCUGAACACAUCUACCAGACCUGAGGAAUACAGCCAGACUCUGACGCAUCCCAAGAAGCGCACUCAUAGCCUGACCCGCUACGCUCUGUCAGACGGAGAGCCUGACGACGAAGACGAGGAUCUCGCUCUUCCUUCUGGAAACCUGCCAUCGUAUGCCACCUUAACUCGCAAACCCGGCCGCAGCCAGGUGGCUCGAUUACAGUCAAGUCCAGAGAAGAACGGCAACGUGGGACGCAGUCAAUCGUUUGCGGUGCGCGCUCGUAAAAAAGGUCCCCCUCCUCCCCCUCCUAAGAGGCUGAGCUCAGUGAGCAGCACCACCAGCGGAGAGCUGAGUGAUAGCAGCACGACGUCGUCUGCCGGCGGUGUGGUGACCGACAGUCCAGGCAGCGUGAGGAGCAUCACCGCCAAUCUGGAGGGCAGCACAGAGGGGAUCAAUCAUCCAGGACAUAAACCGGACCUCACUGAGAAGGAACUGCCUCCCCCCGAGUCCAGAGAGACUCCAGGAGUGAGGAGGAGGGUGCAGAGCGAGUGCGUCCAGACCAGCAGCAGCACCGAGCCAGAGCGAGGGGUGAAGUCAGACUCAGAGGAAGAAGAGUCUAAAGGUCGUGGACUGGAUGCAUCUUCAUCCCCUCAGAAUAGCUCCAGCGAGUGCAUCCCCUUCGCCGAGGAGGGCAACCUGACCAUCAAACAGAGGCCCAAAGCUCCGGGGCCCCCGAGGGCUGAGGCUGUGCUGGAGCCGCCCGACAAACAAGCAGGCAAAAACCUGGAGGUGCCUGAGUUUAACCUGAAGGAGUCGGACACAGUCAAGCGCCGACACAAACCCAAAGACAAGGAGCCGGGUGGAGACUCCCCCAGCAGAGAGGCAGGCUCAGAGUCAGGCGGCAGCAGGCCUCCAUCCCAGAGCCAGGACGAGGUCAGUCUGAGGAUCAGUGAGGUCGGUGUGGAGAGGCCAGCCAGUCCGGCUACAGGGUCGCCUAUCAAACCUCCACUCUCCCCCAAACCUCCUGCAGUCGCCCCAAAACCGGUCCGCCACAGUCUGCUGGCAGCUCAAGCAGCUGGACCCUCGUCUCCGACUGUGACUGUCAGCGUGGUUCAGAGUGUGGCCUUCACUUCUCCGUCCUCUCCAUCCCACGGGUCCCUGGUUCCAGCCCAGAGCCCCUCUCUGACAGCAGCGAGGCCUCAGGUGUGCGUGGUGGGGCCGGGCCCCGAGUCGUCCUGUGGGACAGAGGUGGUCCAGCAGAGACUGGAUCAGACUAGCACGUCUCUGGAAGCCGCUCUGAUCGCCGUCGAGAGGAAACUGAACCUGGAGGACUCCGACAGCAGCAGAGCGAACACAGUGAAGUCAGCAGGAACCAUUUUAGACGACAUCGGCAACAUGUUCGAUGACCUGGCCGACCAGCUGGACGCCAUGUUGGACUGAAGACAACAUCAACCUUCUCAAAACAAGCAAAAUGCACCCUCAAGCUCAGGAAGUGAAACUCAGAAAGAGGAAAAGAUGGAACAGAGAAGGAUUGAUUGAUGGAGCGAUUUUUUCCGAUUCGCUCUCUGAACUGCAACGAUGGAGACAGUCAGAGGAGCCGAAGUCAAACACCAGCACUUAAUCCUCACCGUGCUUCCUCCAACACUUCGUCUGAAUCCUGCACUCAAAGUUUAAAUCUGAUUUCUGUAGCGAUGGAUCUCAUUAAACGUGAACCAAACACAGAGACACAGCGGUCCACUGUGAGGAAGAAGCUCCAGAGUAUUAUUGAUUAUUGUAAAAUACUAAUAUUUGUCAAUGCAGUUCUGCCUGUUUGACUUUAUAGAGAGCUGAAGUGCUGAUGUCACUUCCUGUCUGCCAAAAAAAAAGGGAAGUGAAUUCUGGGGUUUAAUCUUCUGCAGUGGCUGAUACAAGAAUAUAUAAUAAAUCAUCUCUCAGCAUUAAUCUAUGACAGGGGGGUCAAACAUGCGGCCCGUGGGCCAGAACUGGCCCGCCGAGGGGUCCACUCCGGCCCACUUUCCUUCCUGUGUUCUUUUCCUUCCUUCCUUCUGUCCUUCUUACCUUUCUUCCUUCUGUCCUUCCUUCCUUUCUUCCUUCUGUCCUUCCUACCUUUCUUCCUUUUGUCCUUCUUACCUUUCUUCCUUCCGUCCUUCCGCCCUUUCUUCCUUCUGUCCU